CCUUAUCGAUGUUAAUUAUAUCCUAUCAGAUCAAAUAAUGGCCAGUGACAAGUACAGGUCCUUCCUCAACAAUGAAGAAAACGUCCAGUGGAGGCACGGCGCUCCUCCCGUCUAUGACGCCGUUAACGUCCUCUUUGAAGAAGGAAGAACCCAGGUAUGGGAAGAAGGAUCAUUAGAAGAGACGGUUCAAAAUGCCGUUAAAUCAUGGGAGAUGGAGUUCUCUCACAAGAUUCGCAUCCAAGAUUUCAGAACUAUCAAUCCCGAGAAAUUCAAGCUCUUCAUUAAUGGGAGAGAGGGAUUGUCAGCUGAAGAAUUGUUAGAGGUUGGGAGUUACAAUGCAUUGCUGCAGACUUCAUUGCCAGAACAGUUAAAGUUCUACAAGGCAGAGGAGGAGAGUUUUGAGUCAUCUCAUGAUGCAUUUCGAUCGGCGUUCCCUCGCGGGUUUGCGUGGGAGGUCAAUGCUGUAUACUCAGGGCCACCUGUGGUUGCUUUCAAGUUCAGGCAUUGGGGUUAUUUCGAAGGAUCUUUCAAAGGUCAUUCCCCUACUGGAGAGUUGCUUCAAUUUUAUGGGGUUGGAAUCAUGAAGGUAGGAGAGGAAGUUAAGCAGAGUUAUUAAAAUAAGCUUUAGUUCCCUCUGUCACAAAUUUGUUGCUGCUAGAAUAGUUAGGUUUAACGUAUUUAGGGCUCUCUACUUCUUGUGGUAUUCCAGAGGGUAUAUAUCCUUUAACAAAUAGCUUCACACUUGGAUUUAAUCCACCAAUAAAAGAGUCCAAAAUGUAAGAAUCUAGCAAAAAGUGGUUGUUUUGGGCUAGCAAAGACUUCAGAUGAGGAAGCAAUUUCCUUCUCUUGACCAGCUUUCGAUUCCAUUUAGUUUAGAAUCACCAUCAACUAGUCCAGUUUUUUUAUCCUGAGCAUUGAUUCAUUCAUAAAUUCAUAUGAAUCUACUUUCGAAUGCUUUCAACUCUACUUUCUUCUCCCAUUAACAAUUUCUAUCGGUGAUGCAAAUGAGCAAUAGCAGAAGGUUUUGAAUGAUCAGAUUUGGCAUGUAUGUCUUUCCAUCAUACUUCGUAUUUAUAUUAUAUAUUUUAAAGUGCUGGGAUAUACUCUUUGUAUAUCUAUGAUCCUCACUGCAGGUUGAUGAAUCUUUGAGGGUGGAAGAAAUUGAGAUAUAUUAUGCCCCAACAGAACUUUUCGGUGGGCUUUUGAGAGGAACACAAAUAUCAAGUUCAAGAGUUGAGAAAUGUCCAUUUCACAAGUAAAAGUUUUUCGUUGUCCCAAUAAAUAAAUCAAAUUUUUGUAUGCUACUCAAUAUGUGUUUCUCAUGCCCCGUGUUGUUAUCAAUUUUUUGUAUGCUACUCAAUGUGUUUCUCAUGCCCCGUAUUGUUAUCAAAUUUUACAAAUGUUUAACCUAAUGUUUGGAAUUACAUGUCUUCUAUGCAAAGAACCUAU